UUUUGUUUUUUUUAGGUUUGGAGGCUAUGGCGGAGGGAGCAGUGACUGGAGCUGUGUCCGAUGUAAACACAGCUGUCAACUCGACGGUGAAUGCCAUGUCAUAUUUACAAGAUGAGGUGACGUUAGAUAAUGUUUCUGGCAUACCAGAUAUAUUUAUGAUAACUUGACUGUUUGAAUUUUGUUGCUCUCUGUGUUCUUUACAUCGACAACACCAGCUAGCUAGAUCUUCUGAUCUUCCUAUCCUGGCAAUCUGAUCUGUCUAGCUAUCCAAGCUAGCUACCGUUAUUUAAAUUAACUGUAGUGUUUGUUGUCGUUUUGCCUUAUUGUUGUGUUUGCGUCAGAGAUGCAUUGCAUCAAAUGCAAGGCUAGCUAGCCAGAGUCACUGAUUGCUUGUUAGCAAGUUAAAAACUCUAGUCGAUGUUGUUCCUGCACCAGAACUAGCAUGCUACCUGCUAAAGUGACUCAUACCUCAAAAGUCCCCUCUGGCCCCAAGUCAGAGUAGGCCAGGGCCCUAGACUUUUUUUGGGCCAGGCCUCAGAGGUGGAAACAUAAAAAUCACCUGUCUAAAACCGACAUUGGAGAAGGCCUAUUCAAAUCCAAUCAAAUUGUAUUGGUCACAUACACAUAUUUAGCAGAUGUUAUUGCGAGUGUAGCGAAAUGCUCCAUCAGUGCACUAGUAUCUAACAAUUCACAACAAUACACACAUAUAAAGUAAAAUAAUGGAAUUAAGAAAUAUAUAAAUAUUAGGAUGAGCAAUGUCGGAGUGGCAUUGACUAAAAUACAGUAGAAUAGAAUACAGUAUAUACAUAUGAAUUGAGUAAAGCAGUACAGUAUGUAAACAUUAUUAAAGUGACUAGUGUUCCAUUAUUAAAGUGACCAGUGAUUCCAUGUCUAUGUAUAUAGGGCAGCGGCCUCUAAGGUGCAGGGUUGAGUAACCGGGUGGUAGCCGGCUAGUGAUGGCUAUUUAACAUUCUGAUGGCUUUGAUAGAAGCUAUUUUUCAGUCUCUCGGUCCCAUCUUUGAUGCACCUGUACUGACAUCGCCUUCUGGAUGGUAGUGGGGUGAACAGGCCGUGGCUCGGGUAGUUAUGGAGUAGUUAGCUAACUAAUUGAAUUGUUCCAUCUUCCAUUACAAAGUACAUUAAAGCCAUGUUGAUUUACUGUCAUUCUGCAACAGAUGCAGCCUGACACAGAUGUCAUGGCCCCUCUCAACCUGGGUGACUUGGACUUGACCACAGACGAGUUCAUCUUGGAUGAAGUGGACAGUAAGUCCUUCAGCAUUAUUGUCUUUUGAAUGAAGUAAUGGUGAUAUCAUCAGGUCAAAUUGGUUCAUAACCAAAUAGUAAUUUAGGUAAUUAGUUCAGUGUUUUGGAUAAAUGUAAGAACCAACCUUUAUGGAGAUUAAACUAGCUACUUUCCUUUACACCCCCCCCCCCCCCCCCCCCAGUUCACAUACAGGCUAAUCUGGAAGAUGACUUGGUGAAGGAGGCACUGAAAACGGUAAAACCAUGGACCAUGGCUGCAUCAUGCAUGUCCCUAAACGUCAACACAUUUCAGUUUCAAUUUUAUUUUCUGUUUUCAUUUUAUAUAUUGUAAAUAAGGCUACAUUCCUUCAACUGAUGGUUUCCUUUAAUCUGAAUCUCUGUUUUUUUCAGGGAGUUGACCUCAGGCAUUACUCUAAACAAGUGGAGGGUGAACUCCAACGGAUUGAACAAGCUUCCAUCAAAGACUGUAUCCAUUCAUGGAUUAAUGUGUUGAAUGAUUGUGUGAAAGAAUUAGUGCAUUAUUUAUGGUAAUUCCUGAUAGAUACAGUAGUUCACCAUGAUAGGUAAUCCUUGACCAAGCUUGUGUCAGAUAUCAAGGAGAGCCAGAACAUUGCCUCUCUGCACAACCAGAUCACAGCCUGUGACUCCAUACUGGAGGUGAGUGGAUGAUGCCCUCAAUCAAAAGUAUCAAGUGGCUUCAUAAGUCCAUUCUAAAUGGAUCCUCAUUUUUGCAUGUGCAGGGUCUGAAAGAAUGCUUUUGCAAUUUCCUAUGUAAAAAUAUAUAAUGAAGCCAAUAAUAAAUCUCUUUCCUCCCCUCGCUCUCUCUCUCUCUCUCUAUCUCUCUCUCUCUCUCUCCCACCUCCCUCCUCUCUCUUUCCUCCCCUCGCUCUCUCUCUCUCUCUCUCUCUCUCUCUCUCUCUCUCUCUCUCUCUCUCUCUCUCUCUCUCUCUCUCUCUCUCUCUCUCUCUCUCUCUCCCACCUCCCUCCUCUCUCUAUCCUCCCCUCUCUCUCUCUCCAGCGAAUGGAGGGCAUGCUGAGCGGCUUCCAGAGUGACCUCUCCUCCAUCAGCAGUGAGAUCCAGACUCUGCAGCAGCAGUCGGUCAGCAUGAACGUGCGGCUGAAGAACAGGCAGGCCGUACGCAGCCACCUCAGCCAACUGGUGGAUGAGCUGGUAGUGCCCGGCGCUAUGAUCCAGUAAGGGAGUGUGUGUGUGUUUGUGUUGUAUACAGAUUUGUAACAAUACAUGUACCUGUAUAUAUGUUAUGGGAGAUAUAGAUAGAAAGAGGGUAGGGAGCACAUGUCAUAUUGAUGUCUGUAAUGAGAAAGUUACUUGACAGAGUCUCUAUGAUGUUGUAAGUGUUCCUAUGGGCAAGCAUGUAUUCUAAUAAGUGUUCCCCACUUUUUGUCCUUCUGCAGGAUAAUCCUGGAGAGCCCGGUUACGGAGCAGGAGUUCCUUGAGCAGCUCCAUGAGCUCAACAACAAGAUCAACUUUGCCAAAGAGCUCAGCUUCAGGGAGACUUUGGCCUGCUCUGACAUCCAGGACAUCGUGGACCGCCUCAAAAUCAAGGUGAAGAUACACGGAGGGAGGGAGAGAGAGAGAGAGAGAGAAUGGGAUGGGAAGAGGAGAAGGAGAUAAAGUGAGGAAUAAUGGUGUGUAAGGUAACAAAAAAAAGAUAUUGUGUAUAAAACAGGCUUUUAUUUUGUUCCACAGGCUGUCGCAAAGAUCAGAGAAUUUAUCCUCCAGAAGAUUUAUUCCUUCAGAAAGCCCAUGACCAACUAUCAAAUCCCCCAGAACACUCUCCUCAAGUACAGGUAAUGAUACAGGCUUAAAAAGCACCACCACAAUGUAUCUACAAAAAUCGAACUUUCUUCUUUGUACUUUAGGUUUUUCUAUCAGUUCCUCUUGGCAAAUGAAAGGACAGUAGCUAAGGAGAUCAGGGAUGAGUACGUGGACACCAUGAGUAAGAUCUACUACAGCUACUUCAAGUCCUACAGCGGCAGGCUGCUCAAAGUACAGGUGAGUGAAUGACAAGGCGCUAAAUCAAAUGUUAUUGGUCACGUACACAUAUUUUGCAGAUGCAGCGAAAUGCUUAUGUUUUUAGCUCCAACAGUGCAGUAAUACCUAACAAUACACACAAAUCCCCCAAAAUAAAAAGAAAUAAAUUAAGAAAUAUCAGAAUGAGCAAUGUCAAAGUCUGAAGGAGUGAAGGAGGCUACAUUUUGAAGUAAAAAAUACCUUCUCUUGGUUUAUAGGCUCAAUAUACCUUAAUUCAUGUUGUUACUUGAAUUAGCAGAUAAUAUUUAAUACUGUUCUCGUAAUAUCUUUCUCGUGUCUCUUUAUGUUGACAGUAUGAGGAGGUGGCAGACAAAGAUGACCUGAUGGGAGUGGAAGACACGGCCAAGAAAGGUUUCUUCUCCAAGCCCUCCCUGAAGAGCAGGAACACCAUCUUCACCCUGGGCCAGCGGGGGGCCGUGCUGAGCCCUGCCGAGCUGGAGGGGCCCAUCAUCAUCCCCCACACUGCCCAGAGAGGGGACUGCAGGGUGAGACCACUGGCAGUGCUGCACUACCCAAAUCAGACCACCCAAACCAUACCAAAUACUACUGCACGAGUGUAACAGACAUUUUAAAUGAAAUUACCCUACCUUUUAUUAUAAGAUGCUAUGUACUACUUUGAAAUCAUUUUAACAUGCAUAGAGUGUAAGGUUGUGAGGCAAAGACACCAAGCCAACCCUAAACGUCUAGAUAUUGUUAAGCUGUACGGCUCCAAUACACCUGUGCUUCUCUCACUACCUUCUUGUCACCACACUCAUCUCAAAGGAAUGUACAGCGGCAGUUAUAAUAUUAACAUUGAUGUAGAUUAUCAAGUCACCCAACUAACCUUCUUCCUCCUGUCUCAGUAUCCCUAUGAGACGCUGUUCCGCAGUCAGCACUACGCCCUCUUGGACAACAGCUGUCGAGAGUUCCUCUUCCUGACUGACUUCUUCAUGGUGGCUGGAAACUCUGCGCUGGACCUCUUCAACAGCGUCAUGGGAAAGACACUCAGCUUGUUCCUGGUACGAUGAGACUUCUCAUACAUUGCUGUUACAAAAUAGUAAAGGCAUAACCCAGCAGUUAAUAGUGGAGUCCUUCUUUUUGUAAAAUGAUAAUGGUCUCUAAUAAUGAUAUUACUCUUUCUCUAUCAUGCCUAUACCCACCUCUCCCUCCCUCCCUCCUUUCCUCCCUCCCUCCCUCCGCCCUCCUUCUUUCCCCUGCAGAAGAGCAUGUCCACCUAUGUAUCGGACUGCUACGACAGCAUCGCUGUGUUCCUGUGUAUCCACAUCAUCCUGCGUUUCAGAGCCAUCACAACCAAGAGGGUCAUCCCAGCCCUGGAUAAGUCAGUAACACUCUCUCAGCGCAAAUACUCCAAUGACACUCCAUACACUUUUAACUCGGAGCAUAGUGUUAUAUGUCACAUAUCCUAUUUCCUGCAGUAUGCUAUACACUCACCGGCCAGUUUAUUAGGCACACGAAAAUGGAUCGCUCCUCCAGAUAGUGAGUCACGUGGCCUUGGCUUGUUAUAUAAAGCAGGCAGACAGGCUUCGAGGCAUUCAGUUACUGUUUGAUUGAACGUUAGAAUGGGAAAAAUUAGUGACCUAAGCGACUUUGAGCGGGGUAUGAUUGUCGGUGCCAGGCGCACCGGAUCCAGUAUCUCAGAAACGGCCUCUCUUGGGCUUUUCACACACGACAGUGUCUAGGGUUUACCGAGAAUGGUGCGACAAACAAAAAACAUCCAGUUAGCGGCAGUCCUGUGGGCGAAAAAAGCUAGUUGAUGAGAGAGGUUGAAGGACAAUGGCAAGAAUCGUGCAAGCUAACAGGCGGGCCACAAACAGACAAAUAACGGCGCAGUACAACAGUGGUGUGCACAACGGCAUCUCGGAAGGCACAGUUCGUGGAUCCUUGUCACGGAUGGGCUAUUGCAGCAGUCGACCACACCGGGUUCCACUCCUAUCAGCUAAAAAAUAAGAAGAAGCGCCUCUAGUGGGCACCCAAUCAACCACACUGGGUGAGUGGAAAAACAUUGCCUGGUCCAACGAAUCCCAGUUCCUGUUGCGUCAUGCUGAUGGCAGAGUCAUGAUUUGGCGUAAGCCUAAUGAGUCUAUGGACCCAUCCUGACUGGUACAGGCUGGUGGCGGUGGUGUACUGGUGUGGGGAAUGUUUUCCUGUCACACGUUAGGUCCCUUGAUACCAAUUGAGCAACGAACGUUUCCAACACCUUGUAGAAUCCAUUCCCCGAAGAAUUCAGGCUGUUCGGGAGGAAAAUGGGGGUCCGACCCGGUACUACAUGGGUAAACCUAAUAUACUGGCCGUUGAGUGUAUAUUCUAUAUGUAAGGGGAAAGUCAGAAACAAUUUAUUGUUAAAACCUAUGAUACAGUAGUCUUUUUACUGUAUGUUCUGUAAAAUAGAACGUUUGGGGCCUGACAUAAGACAUACUAAUGUAAUUUGUUUAAUGGAAAUCACAUUGAUGUCAAUGGAUUUGGUAAAGAUUUGUUAAAAGAAACACAUCUUAACUCAGAAUCGCUCCUUGAUGCACAUUUUCAUAUGUCUAUUAUGUCAUUGUUUCUCCAUGGGGUGCCAGGUACUGGGAGGCGGUGCUGGAGCUGCUGUGGCCCAGGUUUGAGCUCAUCCUGGAGAUGAACAUUCAGAGCAUCCGCAACACGGACCCCCAGAAACUGGGCGUGCUGGACACCAGACCACACUAUGUAUGAACACACACGUAUUUGACGUAUUUUAGGUAUCAAUGUCUAAUAAUACCAGACAGUUGUUGACACCAGUUGUGUUCAUGUUUCAGAUCACACGCAGAUACGCAGAGUUCUCAUCUGCCAUCGUUAGCAUUAACCAGACAUUCACCAGCGAGCGAACCCACACCCUCCUUGGCCAACUGCAGGUAGACAACUAAACAACAAUAAGAACAGUAAAAUAGUAUAAAUAGUGGGGAUCCUACAAUUAGCAUGAACAUUUGAAAUAGUGUUUUGUGUGAUUGAUAUUGGUCCCGUGUAGCUCAGUUGGUAUAGCAUGGCGCUUGCAACGCCAGGGUUGUGGGUUCGAUUCCCACGGGGGGCCAGUAUAAAAAAAUGUAGGCGCUCACUAACUGACUAAAAUGUAAAAUGUAAUUGAUAUAGCUACCACUGGUAUUUUCAGGUUGAAGUGGAGAACUUUGUCCUGAAGAUGGCGGCAGAGUUCCCUUCACGCAGGGACCAGCUCAUCUUCCUAAUCAACAACUACGACAUGAUGCUCAAUGUACUCAUGGUGAGAAUAACACAAGUUUAAAACCAUGAACAUUAAUGAAUAACUUAUUUACCCACCUGAAAUGACUCCUUUAUUCAGUUAUUAACAUUUUUGUCAUUUAGCAGCCGCUCUUAUCCAGAGCGACUUUCACGUAGUCGGCUCUGGGAUUCGAACCAGGUACCUUUCGGUUACUGGCCCAACGCCCUUAACCGCUAGGCUAAGUCUUCUGAAUAUACAGAAUUAAAAUAUGUCAUGCUGUUUUCCUCUUUUUCUUUCCAUGUCAUAGGAGAGGGCAGCCGAUGACAGUAAAGAGGUUGAGGGCUUCCAACAGCUCCUUCAGGCCAGGAACCAGGUAAAAAUGCACAGGGAUUCUGGGAAAUUGAGUUUUGUCAUGUGUGCCAGAGUCACAGAUAAUCAGAGUUUACUCAAAUGAAAUGUUCCCCUCUUUCUUUCUCCUUUCAUCAGGAGUUUAUUGAGGAGAUUCUGUCGUCUCCCUUUGGUGGCAUGAUAGCAUUUGUGAAGGAGAGCGAAGCGUUGAUAGAGAAAGGGCAGCUGGAUAGACUAAAGAAUGAUGAAGGUGAGUAGAGAGAAAAGAUACAGCCCUUUUGAUCAUUUAAUUGUUUGCAGAACGUGCCCUUGUCUUUUUCACGGUAACCUUCUCUUUCUUCUACUUUCCUCCUGUCCUGACUCGUUCUUUAUUACCUCUACUGUUUGGACUGUUUGUUUCUACUCUCCUGUGACACCUCUCGCUGUUUGACUUCCACCCAAACGAUUGUCUUACAUUUCUCCCACACCCUUCUCCCCCUCUCGCCAUACCUCCCAUCUCUAAACUCAUAUUGUUCUCUCUCUCUCCCCCCCCCCCCCCCCCCCUUUCUCAACCCCUCUCUUUUUCUGUCUUUCUUUCUUCUCUCUCUCUCAGCCCGGAUCACACAGCUAGUCAGGGGGUUUUCCAGCACAUGGAAACAGUCUGUGGAAGCUCUGAGUCAGAAUGUCAUGAGGUCCUUCACCAACUUCAAGAACGGCACUGGUAUCAUUCAGGUACUGCCUUCCUCUAUGCAUUUACUCUAAACAAGUCAUAAUAUUGUACAGUAUGUAGUUAAAGAGUAUACAGAACUUUUGCCUGUAGGGGUGCUCUUGAGCCAAAAGGGGUCCCUUAAAUUGACAUAAAUAUUUUUCUUUUUUAAGAUUUAAGCAACCAUGAGUCAUGGGCUGUUAUACGUUUUAUUCCUCUGAAGCAUAUCAUUCAACUUUUGACUUUCUACUCCUGUCCUCCUAUCCUCCAGGGGGCGCUCACCCAGCUCAUCCAGUACUACCAUGGCUUCCACAAGGUGCUGUCCCAGCCCACCUUCCGCAGCCUGGCAGUGCGCUCAGAGCUCAUCAACCUGCACCACCUCAUGGUCGAGGUCAAGAAACACAAGCCCAACUUCUAACUGGACACUUACAAGGGUAGAGACUGAGGAAUUAUGGGGAUGUGAUGGAUUAAAUGAAGGAGCUCAAAAUCAGACAUGGCCUGAUUGGAAACGAGUAGAAGAGUAUAUCCCUUUGCUUGUGACAUCGCUCCACUGAUUAAGGACAACGUAUUGCACGUGGGAACCUGUCAUUUUUGAUUUGACAUUGUACCAAUGUCAAUGGGUAAGGUCUUGUGUGAAAGUGCUACCUUUUCUUUCAUGGCUGCUGGGUUCUUUGCUUUCGGGGAGGGGAUAGGGGGAUGAAGAGACAGAAAUGGGAUGAGGAAAGGUUCAGUGGUUAUGGGGAUUGACAGGAGAGAUCACAGAAAUCAAAGGCUGUAAGAAGAAAUAGAGUAGAUGGUCUAUUCCAGACAGGGUUGCGCAACUCAGGCCCUCGAGUUGGUGCUGGUUUUCGUUUCUCCCUAGCACAUAAUUGAUCAAUUACAUUCCCAGGUAGAAUCCAAGUAGAAUCCAGUCUUUGGAUCAGAGAACCAGAGGUGUGCACCCCCAGUCUAUUAUGAUUGUGAGAGGGAGGAGCACGAGGUAUCAUUGAAGUUCAGUGUGAAAAGGGAAAGAGUGGUAUCUCCCGGGCCCUUGUUCUGUGUUCUCAUACAUGUACACUAAACAAAAAUAUAAACGC